CGCUGAAGGGCCGGUCAUUGGUGGCUGCGCACGUCCCUCUCGCUGCCCGGCGGCCUUAUAAAAGCGCCCGCGAUCCCUUUGUCCCCGCAGAGCUCGGUUCUUGCUUCAACAGUGUUUGAACGGAACCGGUUCCACCAGCAGCCUCUUUUCUUUUCCCCUCUCUUUUCCCUCUUCAGCAAACAAAACAGCAAAAAAAAAAAGAGACACCCCCCGCUUUGCUUCUUCUGCCAUCCUUGCUUGAGUUGACCCGCAGAGAGACCAGCUGCCAGCAGCUCCCCAGCGAGCGAAGCGAGACCCCCGCCGACGCCUUGCAGCCGACCCGCCGCAGCUCUUCCCCGGAGCCAUGGAGUCCCAGAUCCGCCAGAACUACCACCGCGACUGCGAAGCCGCCGUCAACCGCAUGGUCAACAUGGAGCUGUACGCCAGCUACGUCUACCUGUCCAUGUCUUCCUACUUCGACCGGGACGACGUCGCCCUGCGACACGUGGCUGCCUUCUUCCGCUCACAGUCCCACGAGGAGCGGGAGCAUGCCGAGAAGCUGCUGAAGUUCCAGAGCCAGCGCGGUGGCCGGGUCCUCCUGCAGGACAUCAAGAAGCCAGAAAAGGAUGCUUGGGGCACAACUCUUGAUGCCAUGGAGGCAGCCCUUCAGCUGGAGAAAAAUGUGAACAAAGCCCUCCUGGAUCUGCACCAACUGGCAGCCAGCCAAGGAGACCCACAUUUCUGUGACUUCCUGGAAACUCACUACCUUGACGAGCAAGUGAAAGCUAUCAAAGUCCUGGGCGACUACGUCACCAACCUCCGGCGGCUGGGGGCAUCCCAGGGAGGGCUUGGCGAGUACCUCUUUGACAAGCACACCCUGGGAGAGAGCAGCAGCUGAUUGCGUCUCCCUCCUUCCACCCCAAGAGCGCAAUACCCCUUCCGUGAACCCACAGAAGCAAGACCCACCUCCGUCACUCUGGCCAGGCCCCACUCAAGGGGGGCUGUACCUGCCACCACUCAGUUGGCAUGCUUCCAAUAAACAAGGGUUCACCCGUUUAAA